AUGGCUACUACAAGGCUUCGUAGAGUAUUUCGCUACCCCGAGGACUCAGGUGACGAAGGGCAUGAGCGUGAAGAGUUAGACGAGGAAGAGCAAGAACGGGUGAUAGAGCAAUUGCAGAGACAGAAUGACCAGCGGAAUGCACAAUAUAGUACUGUUUUCACCGCAUUUCCACUACUACCAACACUAGUGUUCGUCCCGUCAGUGCUGUCCAGAUCAUCAACUCCCGCAGCGCGGCUCUUCUCCUUCCUUGCUAUCUCGUCGUUGCUGGUAACGGCCUGCAUAAUGAAGCUGUCUAUGCCGCACUUGUCUGAUCGCAAAGGCAAGAGACCUGUUGCACGGGUCAAACGCACCAUGCUCGUCCGAAAAAGCUUGUUGUUUACAAACACUGGCAUCUGCGGGACAUUGAUCCUGGUGUAUCUCUUCGCUAAUAUGUCAUCUUCCUCUAUCUGGCCGGGUUUAUAUAUAGUUCCAGGAGCAAUGUUCGGGGUAAUCUUGUUGGUGCGGGAAGCAAUGAUCUCAGUGGAUUUAUCACAUCUUCAGAACCUUCGAUAUGAGUACAAAGGUGCCUAG